AUGUCUGAUAUUGAUCCCAAAGCUCGAAGGGAAGUCAACGAUGCGCUCAUUAACUCUGGGAGCGCUGCCGUUGGACAGAUGAUGGACGCUGCUGGCUCCUCUAUUGAGAAGUGUCUCCAGAACCAAUUGGAGAGACAGAGACGCGAUGCUAAGGAUGCCCAGGAUGCUAAAGAGAAAGCUGCCGAGGUGACUUCAAACACUACUGUUCGUCCUCAACCCCCAUAUCCCCACGAAGGGGUCAAAGUCCGUGUACUGACAGUCAUCAAUAACAAAAGGGCAGUUCCUCCAGCUAGAUAA